AUGGUUAGCAGCGAUAAACAUUCUCAGACCCUCGGAGAGAAACCGUUGCUAGCUUGCUGGUCCCGAAAGAUUGCAACUUUGGCUGCUACAGAAAGGAUAGAACCUUUUUGGGGGGAGGAUAGGAGGUCUUUGAAAGCAAAAACUAGUAACCGAGAUUCAGUCCAGAUAAAUCUGUGGGCAGACAGCAAGACAGGGAUCCCCAACCCCAGUACAGAUCGAUGGCCUGGGGCCUGUUACGAACUGGGCCACAAAGCAGAAUGUGAGUGGCAGGUGAGCGAAUAUUACCACCUGAGCUCCACUUCCUGUCAGAUCGGGGCAGCAUUUGAUUCUCGUAGGAGUGUAAACCCCAUUGUGAACUGUGCAGGCAAGGGACCUAGGUUACAUGCUCCUUAUGAGAAUUUAGGGAUAGGUGUAAUGUGCUUGAAUCAUCCUGAAACCAUCACCCACAACUGCCCCUCUCGUGUCCGUGGAAAAAUGGUCUUCCAUGAAACCAGUCCCUGGUGCCAAAAUGUUGGGGACCAUUGUUAUAUGACUAAAAACACCAGACGUCCAGGAGGAAGCAUAUUUCAGAAGAAGCUUAUUGAACUGAGCGUAAUUCGCGAACAGUCGGGAGAACAAACAGCCAAGCGGCGCUGCAGUGGCCGCACUUGCGCGCGUCUCAAUCCUGGGGGCUCUGCGCGCCCGCCCCAGUCCCUCGCCCCAUUGACUCAGUGGCUUCUCCGGGCGCUGCAGCCUCCGCGGGGGGCUUCUAAGGGCCGAGGGGCUCCGGCAGAGAGGGAGUGGAGAGGGAGACGCGCCGGGACCGACGAACAAUCCUGCCCCGGCGGCAAAGGUCUCUACCCGGCGCUGGCACCUCGCAGGCCCCUCGAGGAGCACGCAGGGCAAGCGGCCCAAGAGCGGGGGAACCGGGAAGUGUGUGGGGCUCCAGACGGAGUAGGAAGCUUUGCCCAAGGCCAGGCUGCAAUCAGGCAGCCGCAACAGCCGGGCGCGGAGCUUCCCACCUGCUGCUGUCCCAGCUGGGCCGCAACUUCCUCCUCCCCGGCCCGGGCCCGACUCCCCGGCCGGGCUCCGAGGGUGGAGGGGGGACGAGGCGGCGGCAGGUUCCCUCCGCUGGCAACGCCUCGCAGCAUCCUCCCCUCCCCGUCGCGGUUCCCGGGGCCGGCCGCGCGGCCAGGCGCGCUGCGAUUGGCCGGCAGCGGCCGGGGGCGGGGCCAGGAGAGCCGGUGUCGCACGGACCGCCUCAAAAGAGCCCAGGAUAUUGCAGAGCGCACUGGAGCCCUGGCCAGCGCGCAGCCUUCCCGGCGCCGGCGGGCUGGGUCUUGGGAAUUCUGGUUUGCUUUGGCUCACUCGCUUUUUACAAACCACUGGAUCUUACAUGCCUCUGUACCCCCCACUUCCACUCCAUGUCCCCAUGCUCCUGCGCCAGCAACAGGACAUGUUCUCUGGAUGUCAGCUGAGUCAUUAAAGUAACUCUGCAUGUCAGCAGACAGACCUUGGUAGAACCACAAGGCUCCCAGAGACACCCAUCUCUCCUCAUUUUUUUUGUGUGUGUGUCUUCACCGAACAUUCAAAACUGUUUCUCCAAAGCGUUUUGCAAAAACUCAGACUGUUUUCCAAAGCAGAAGCACUGGAGUCCCCAGCAGAAGCGAUGGGCAGUGUGCGAACCAACCGCUACAGCAUCGUCUCUUCAGAAGAAGACGGUAUGAAGUUGGCCACCAUGGCAGUUGCAAAUGGCUUUGGGAACGGGAAGAGUAAAGUCCACACCCGACAACAGUGCAGGAGCCGCUUUGUGAAGAAAGAUGGCCACUGUAAUGUUCAGUUCAUCAAUGUGGGUGAGAAGGGGCAACGGUACCUCGCAGACAUCUUCACCACGUGUGUGGACAUUCGCUGGCGGUGGAUGCUGGUUAUCUUCUGCCUGGCUUUCGUCCUGUCAUGGCUGUUUUUUGGCUGUGUGUUUUGGUUGAUAGCUCUGCUCCAUGGGGACCUGGAUGCAUCCAAAGAGGGCAAAGCUUGUGUGUCCGAGGUCAACAGCUUCACGGCUGCCUUCCUCUUCUCCAUUGAGACCCAGACAACCAUAGGCUAUGGUUUCAGGUGUGUCACGGAUGAAUGCCCAAUUGCUGUUUUCAUGGUGGUGUUCCAGUCAAUCGUGGGCUGCAUCAUCGAUGCUUUCAUCAUUGGCGCAGUCAUGGCCAAGAUGGCAAAGCCAAAGAAGAGAAACGAGACUCUCGUCUUCAGUCACAAUGCCGUGAUUGCCAUGAGAGACGGCAAGCUGUGUUUGAUGUGGCGAGUGGGCAAUCUUCGGAAAAGCCACUUGGUGGAAGCUCAUGUUCGAGCACAGCUCCUCAAAUCCAGAAUUACUUCUGAAGGGGAGUAUAUCCCUCUGGAUCAAAUAGACAUCAAUGUUGGGUUUGACAGUGGAAUCGAUCGUAUAUUUCUGGUGUCCCCGAUCACUAUAGUCCAUGAAAUAGAUGAAGACAGUCCUUUAUAUGAUUUGAGUAAACAGGACAUUGACAACGCAGACUUUGAAAUCGUGGUCAUACUGGAAGGCAUGGUGGAAGCCACUGCCAUGACAACACAGUGCCGUAGCUCUUAUCUAGCAAAUGAAAUCCUGUGGGGCCACCGCUAUGAGCCUGUGCUCUUUGAAGAGAAGCACUACUACAAAGUGGACUAUUCCAGGUUCCACAAAACUUACGAAGUCCCCAACACUCCCCUUUGUAGUGCCAGAGACUUAGCAGAAAAGAAAUAUAUCCUCUCGAAUGCAAAUUCAUUUUGCUAUGAAAAUGAAGUUGCCCUCACAAGCAAAGAGGAAGACGACAGUGAAAAUGGAGUUCCAGAAAGCACUAGUACGGACACGCCCCCUGACAUAGACCUUCACAACCAGGCAAGUGUACCUCUAGAGCCCAGGCCCUUACGGCGAGAGUCGGAGAUAUGACUGACUGAUUCCUUCUCUGGAAUAGUUACUUUACAACACGGUCUGUUGGUCAGAGGCCCAAAACAGUUAUACAGAUGACGGUACUGGUCAAGAUGGGUCAAGCAAGCGGCCACAAGGGACUGAGGCAAGCACAAUGGUUUCAAAGAAAGACUGUAAGCUCCAUGAUUAGCAUAAAGCACUAACCAUGUCUCCAUGUGACCCGAUGGCACAUAGAUGUUGUUGAAUAAGUUAUGGGUUUUUAUGUUUUGUUUUGUGUUUUUCCAAAACUUGAACUUGCAGGCAAGCCUUGGUUGGGUAUUUGAUUUAUCCAGAAUGCUUCUCUUUAGGGAACAAGGAUGUUUUUAAUGGCAUAACAAAGGCAAGACUCUGCCUUAAUUUUUGAAAAGCUGCUAACUACAUGAACACAAAUGUGUAUUUUUGUUGCAGUGUAGUUUUCCUUUUGUGUAAUUUUAAAGUCAGUGUUGAAUUUUAUUGAAAGCUCAUGAUGCGCUUCAAAGUGGCAAGUAUUUGGCUAUUAACUGCCAAAACAAGAGCCUGAUUUUUUGAGGCCAGUAAUUUGUUUGCUAGAAUUGAUUUUUUUUCUCUCUCUCUUUGUUACAUAAGGGCAUUAUGUAACACUAGCCAAAUGGUAGCCUCUGGGUUGUUGUUGUUUUUUUCUUUUCCUCCAUGAUGUUAAUGGGUUAUCUCAAAUUUUAAGUUAAACUACCUAAAAUAAAUACCAAAGAUAAUGCAUAUUUUUGCACAGUGGAGCUUACACUUAAAAGAAAACAAAGCCCCAUGGGCUGCCUUGAAAUCAAGAGACAAUAACUUUGAACCUCAGCAAGACCUUGAACCGCCGGUUCAUUUUGCACCUUAUUCAGAAAAUAGAGCAUCAUACUCACCGAGUCUAGUCAGUCUAGUGCUUUUAAAAAUUUUGUCCUUUCAUGUAACUUUUUUAUUUUAAGAGGAAGAAGAAGAAAGGGGCACACACACACAAUACCGACGUCUAUCCUUUCCUGCUAGGCAGUGCUGGCCAGGCUCAUGUGUAGUGUGUGAGAUGGUGAUGUACUCUUAUAUUUUUCUGGGCUUUUCCUUUUGCACAUUCCAAAAUUCAUUUCAUAAGACAAGAUCUUCAUAGGACCUCCUUGGCAUCCUGGCAUUCUCAAAACUGAGCCAUCCAGCAUGAAAGAUAAAUGGGUUUAAACCCUUGCUGCUGAAUUUAUUGCCUGGACUGUCAGGACAUCGCCAGCCCACCUUCACCUUAGAGAAGAUGCCACACCUGGCCUCCACGCUUGCUCUUCUGAUCAGUCUGUCUGGAUUGAGUCCUACAGUGUCAGAUAGGGCGGCAAAUGCCAAAGCAGGGAAACAGGGAGGUGUGGACAAGCCAGUUUGAUGCAGCACUUCAGAUCAAGUGCUUAGGAAGAAGAGGAAACUUGCCUUUUUUAUGGCAGAGGAUAGUCAUGAAAAUGUCUCAGUAUUUUAGGGUCAAUGAGAGCCAUAAAAAUAUAACAUAAUCACAAGUAAAGGAGAUAAUGGUCUAAAACAGCUAUUUCCCUUUUCUGUGUGCAUACUUAUGACUGAAUGUGAGCUAAGCAUUUUCUCCUGUGGAGCCCUAGAGCAGGUUACUAAGGAAGGACACAUUGUUUUCCAGAAGCCUCCCCUGCCUGGCUGACUGCCUUGCUAGAAACAUAAUUUUUUUUUUUUUCUCACUGAAGCUCAAUAAUGGAACUCUUUUUUUUUUUUUUUUAAUUUAAAGUUCCCUAUUUGUGAAUUCUGGGAUUACUGACUUUUCUUUUUAAUUGGAGUCUCAAAAUCAACUCUCUUAUGGUAUUAUAUCUCUGUAUGCCAUUAAAAAACAGCUUGUUCUAGAAUCAUGUAUUUUGUAAACUGAUGUUUGUGAUGGUCUCUGGUUCUUGAACAGCCAUAUCUGAAUGCCGUGCCUGCAAAACUAUGACAAUUUUUGCUGUUUUCAGCCUUCAGAUUUGAUGGCUUGGAAAACUGAGGUGUUAUUUUCAAUGAAACAAAGAAAGAGAUGUUAAGCAAGUGGUUGUUUUAGAUCCAAAUGUAAAGGCAGGUUUGGGAAGGUGUUUAAAGAGUUGGAGGAAUUGGGGAUUGAGUGGACAAGAAAACUACAGAAGAGGCAACAAUUUGGUUCUUGACAGUGAGAGGAUAUUGAGGGCUUCAGCUGCUGCUAUUAUGAUGUUUUGCAAAGGAAAAUAAUCAAACCAAAGAGUAUUCAGUGAUAUGUAAAUUAAAUGAAGAUACAGUGGAGAAUGGGGGUGACCACAAAAGAGGCUCCCCCUAAACACACAGUGCUGCCACUUAAAAAGACUUGAGAAAUUUGAAAGGGGGUGGGUAUGGGGGGGGGCAAGAAAGAGGGAGGGAAAUCUUUCAACUUACUUCUGAAAAAGAGAAAAAAAUAUAAAAUUUCUGGUGCACAGGUUUGUUUUUUCAAGAAAAUUUUGCAGAAGCUAUGUUUUUAAAGUGUACAUUUUAUAAAGUUUAUCAGAUAUUUUCAUAUUUAAAGCCAAAUGUAAAUAGAGGUCUGUAAAGAAAAAUAAUUGCCAUAGAAAGUAUAAUUUCAGUGCAGUAAUUUCUGAGAGCUAGUACCUAUAUGCUACCGGUUAGCAUGGUUUUAGCAAAUAUAUACCAGCCUUAUAAGGUUCGUAUUGCUAUGUUCUUCUGUUAUUUAUUUCAGCAUGGACUGUUCAUUUGAAACCUUUUUCUAGUUAUUAGCGUUUUAACAGUUACAAGCUUUAAAUGGCAAUUUUUUCUUUCUUUUUUUUUUUUUUUUGUCAAGAGCCAAGACACAGGUAAUGCACGACAUUGAUUGCUGCAUUUUACCUUCAAAAUAUUUGUCCUUAUUGACUGGGUCUCCUUAAUUAGUGUACACAUGUCAUUAGAAUGCAGACGGAGGGGACUCACCAUGAAUAUCUGGGGUCGAUUCCCAGAUGUGUGUUGCUUCUCUAUUGCAAGCAGAUUCGCUGUUGGAUUUACUUCGGAUUUAUUCCCUUUUAAAGAAUUUUUGCCCAUAUCUGGAAGGGCACUAUAUUUUUGGGGGGAGCCAUAGAUUCCUGGUUAUCCUAUUUUUAAACAAAAUGUAGACAAAGUGAACUCUAUUUUGAUUAUUGAGAAAGGAGUAGUUUUCUAUCCCUCUAAGAGUAUACUUGAAUCAGACAUUUUAAGGAUGUCACUAUGGCACUGUUGUCAUUUCCAAAUUCCUAGAAAAGUUUGUUUUACUUUGUUUUUAUUCUGUUAAUGCAUUCUUUCUUCUCUUUACUUCCUUUCUUGCCAGUACACUCCUAUCCCAACUCUGUUUAUCUGAUGAGUUGUGUCCCGUAAAUCAUAUUUCCCUUACAAUUAAUAAAUGUCACUUCAUAUUUUAUAAUAAACCACUCAGUAAAAGCAAAAGCUUGUCCUGAGAAGCAGAGUGAGUUCUUUUUCACUCUGUGUGUAAUAAUGUUAAGGUGGGAAAAAAAAAGUGUGGCAUAGCUACCUGCCCAUCCCCAACCCUCAGCAAAGUAGAAUCUCUUUUCUAGUAAUUUUGGGUUUCCGCUCUGGGCUCUGGCAAGUUGAACAAUCCUAGCCAUUGACAAUCGUGAUAGUUAUUAUUUUCCCAUUUGCUGUCUUUUUGUAUCUAAAGUCUUCCUAUUGUACUGCACAAACCAUGGAUUGUACAUAUUUUUAUAUAUUAUGUCUUAUUUUAUUAUUUCUAAAUAAAAAAAUUAAAAAUUGAAAACAAAUUCA